CAACACCACCGAGUUCCCACAAUGCUCAGCGAGAAGGACCACCAAGAUGGCUGACGCUAUGGAGGAGUACGAGACAGAAGCAGGCUGCGUCCCAGUCCUGCACCCCGAGGAGAUGAAGCCCCAGACCCACCAUCACAGUGGUAGCCAUGGUUACAGCAGUGACAACACGGCGCGCAAGAGCCACGUGGACGACUACAGCACCUGGGACAUCGUCAAGGCAACGCAGUACGGUAUUUUCGAGCGGUGUCGGGAGCUUGUGGACGCAGGAUAUGACGUCAGACAGCCGGACAAGGAGAACGUCACACUGCUCCACUGGGCCGCCAUCAACAACAGAAUAGACCUGGUCAAGUUCUACAUAUCUAAGAGUGCGGUGGUGGACCAGUUGGGAGGAGACCUCAACUCCACACCUCUGCACUGGGCCACAAGACAGGGCCACCUCUCCAUGGUGGUCCAGCUGCUGAAGUACGGCGCCGACCCCUCCCUGAUCGACGGCGAGGGCUGCAGCUGCGUCCACCUCGCAGCGCAGUUCGGCCACACCUCCAUCGUUGCCUACCUCAUCGCCAAGGGACAGGACGUGGACAUGAUGGAUCAGAACGGCAUGACCCCUCUGAUGUGGGCCGCCUACAGGACACACAGUGUGGACCCCACCCGUCUCCUGCUGACCUUCAACGUGUCGGUGAACCUGGGGGACAAGUACCACAAGAACACGGCGCUGCACUGGGCCGUGUUGGCGGGCAACACCACCGUGAUCAGCCUGCUGCUGGAGGCCAACUCCAACGUGGACGCCCAGAACAUCAAGGGGGAGACGCCCCUGGACCUGGCCAAGCAGAGGAAGAACGUGUGGAUGAUCAACCACCUGCAGGAGGCCCGUCAGGCCAAGGGCUACGACAGCCCGUCCUACCUGAAGAGGCUGAAGAUAGACAAGGAUUUCCGUCAGAAGGUGAUGCUGGGGACCCCCUUCCUGGUCAUCUGGUUGGUGGGGUUCAUCGCUGACCUGGACGUUGACUCCUGGUUGGCUAAGGGCCUGAUGUACGCAGCCGUGUGGUUGGCUGUUCAGUUCCUCUCCAAGGCGUUCUUCGACCACUCCAUGCACAGCGCUCUGCCGCUGGGGAUCUACCUGGCCACCAAGUUCUGGAUGUACACCACCUGGUUCUACUGGUUCUGGAACGACCUCCCCUUCGCCACGGUCCACGUCCCGUUCCUGCUCAACUCCGUGGCGCUCUUCUACAACUUUGGCAAGUCCUGGAAGUCGGACCCCGGGAUCAUCAAGGCCUCGGAGGAGCAGAAGAAGAAGACCAUCGUGGAGCUGGCUGAGACCGGCAGCCUGGACCUCAGCGUCUUCUGUAGCACCUGCCUGAUCCGGAAGCCAAUCCGCUCCAAGCACUGCGCCGUCUGCAACCGCUGCAUCGCCAAAUUCGACCACCACUGCCCCUGGGUGGGCAACUGUGUGGGAAGUGGUAACCAUCGCUACUUCAUGGGCUAUCUGUUCUUCCUGCUGUGCAUGAUCUGCUGGAUGAUCUACGGCUGCAUCUGCUACUGGAGGAUCCACUGCUCCACCUCCUACUCCCAGGAUGGCUUCUGGCUCUAUCUGACCCAGAUCGCCUCCUGCUCUCCAUGGAUGUUCUGGAUGUUCCUCAACAGCGUCUUCCACUUUAUGUGGGUCGCUGUUCUCAUCCUGUGUCAACUGUAUCAGAUCGCCGGUCUCGGCAUCACCACCAACGAAAGGAUGAACGCCCGCCGAUACAAACACUUCAAAGUCACCGCGACAUCCAUCGAGAGCCCCUUCAACCACGGCUGUGUGAGGAACCUGAUGGACUUCUUCGAGGUGCGGUGCUGCGGUCUGAUACGACCGGUGGCGGUGGACUGGACCAGUCAGUACACGGUGGACUACGACCAGACCGGGGGCUCCGGCUAUCAGCUGGUCUAG